AUGUACAUCAUAGAAUUAUCUUGGAGAUAUUACUUUGACUUCCUGUGCACCACCAACCCUGUGGAGGUCAAACUACCCAUUCAUGAACAUCCGAUGUCGCCUUUGAAAGAUAGGCGAAUGGGUAACUGCUGCGGAGUCAGAUUCAAAGCCGAAAGUGAUGGCUAUUAUUGCAGCGAAUGCGAUUACUUUUUCCACAAGACAUGCAGCAACGCCCCUGAAUCACUCGAUCACUCUUCUCGCAAUUUUUUCGACAGUGUUUGUAUUGCUACAUACACUGGGAAAUCUAGAGCGAGGUGCGAUUUCUGUAAAGAGAAGAUCACAAGAGGUAUCCAACAUUAUAGUUCUUCUGGUGGUAAAAAGAAACUGAUCCAUUUGGAGUGUGCAAAGUAUCCACCGCCAGAGGCCAUUGAUGUUCCCCAAAGUCAUGACCACAAACUCAACCUAAAGAAGAAGCAAAGCUGCUUCACGUGUGCUGCUUGCGGAAAAGAUGGCGAUGGAUGUUCCUACAAAUGUGAUGAAUGUCAUUUGACAUUCCAUGUGAGUUGCAAAAAGUAUCCAGCGGAGGUAACCCAUCCUUGCCAUCCCUCACACCCUCUUAAACUUUUCAAAGUAUGUGGAAUUUGUCAGAAGGAAAUGGAUUGGAGUUGUGGGGGUUAUUCUUGUCUCAAGUGUCCCAAAUCUGUGUUUCAUACAAAGUGUGCUACAAGAAAAGAUGUAUCGGAUAGAAGAGAGAGGAAAGACGACCCUGAAGAAGAUGAAGAAAUCAAACCGUUCAAGGUGGUAGAUGAAAGCACCAACACAAUACAACAUUUUCUCCAUGAAAAGCAUAACCUAAGACUCGACAAGUCUGGUAUCUUUAUUGACAAGAGGACUUGCAAGGCAUGUCUUUAUCCUAUCUAUCGCCAUUCCUUCUACAGCUGCAUCAAAUGUAGCUUCAUGCUUCAUGAGAGUUGUGCCGAAAUGCCUACACGGAGACGGCAUAUGGUAAGCAAUAAACUAUACACUCUACAAAAAUCUCACCGUCGUCAUAAGUGUGAGGCUUGUGGAGUUUGUAACAAUGGUUCCGCAUAUAGUUCUGGUGAUGAUCGACAUGCUUUAGAUGUGCGAUGUGCUUCAGUUUCCGAGCCAUUUCUCCAUCAAAGUCAUCCCGAGCAUCCUUUAUUUUACACGUCGCCACAAGGAGUGUGCAGUGCUUGCAAGAAAGAAGCAUUUCAUGUGCUCAGAUGCGUUGUAGAAGGUUGUGGAUACGUCCUCGACUUCAAGUGCGCUCUACUACCAUAUCAGGUGAAGCAUAGAGUCGACGAUCAUCUUCUCUCUUUAUGCUAUGGUGAAAAAGAUGCACCUGGUAUAUACUGGUGUGAUAUUUGUGAGGAAGAAACAGAUUCAAGAACAUGGUUUUACACAUGUAAAGAUUGUGGGUUUACUUUGCAUAUCGGUUGUAUGCUCGGAGAUUUUCGAUCUCUCGAGCCGGGAGCAGUCGUUACAUGGGCGGACGGCGGUGAUGGCGUACAGUCUGUGGCGGUUCGCAACAAAAGAAUGUCUCGGCCAUUUUGCAACCAAUGCAAGUUGCGUUGCGUAUUACCUGUCAUUUUGAAAGUCGUUGGGACUGGCAAGCCUUUUAAGUACUAUUGCUCUUUUGAUUGCUUUGAAAUUGUGUACCCUGAUAGUUCUGUGGAUCAACGAUUUCGUAGAGAAAAUCCUUUUGUUUUUUCGGGGUAA